AUGGCGAACCGGUGGUGGGACGGCCAUUUGGGGCUGCCGGGCGUCGCGCCGGAGCAGCCGUCCGGCUCGUCCGGCCCCAAGGUCGAGUCGCUCGCGCUCGUUGUCAAAGAUUCUGAGACCAGCCCGACGUCCGGUGGCGGCGAGCACGGGGACGAGAACAAGGACGCUGUCGGUGGCGGCGAGCCGCGCGAUCUGGGCGCGGUGGUGCCCGCCCCGAACCGGCGGCCCCGGGGCCGGCCGCCGGGGUCCAAGAACAAGCCGAAGCCGCCCAUCUUCGUGACGCGCGACAGCCCCAACGCGCUGCGCAGCCACGUGAUGGAGGUGGCCGGCGGCGCCGACGUGUGCGACGCCAUCGCGCAGUUCUCGCGCCGCCGGCAGCGGGGCGUGUGCGUGCUCAGCGGCGCCGGGACCGUGGCCAACGUGGCGCUGCGCCAGCCGUCGGCCCCCGGCGGCGCCGUGGUGGCCCUCCACGGCCGCUUCGAGAUCCUCUCGCUCACGGGGACCUUCCUCCCGGGGCCCGCGCCGCCGGGGUCCACGGGGCUCACCGUGUACCUGGCCGGCGGGCAGGGGCAGGUGGUGGGCGGCAGCGUGGUGGGCUCGCUCGUCGCCGCGGGCCCCGUCAUGGUGAUCGCGUCCACGUUCGCCAACGCCACCUACGAGCGCCUGCCGCUGGAGGACGAGGACGAGGGCUCGGGCCCGCCGAUGGCGCACGACCCGCUCAUGGCCGGCGGCGUCCACGUCCACGGGCACGGGCACGGGAUGCCCGACCCGUCGGCGGCGAUGCCGAUGUUCAACAUGCCACCGAACAACGGGCAUCUCGGCGGCGGCGGCGGCGGCGGCGACGGGUUCCCAUGGGCGCCGCACUCCCGCGCUCCCUACUGA